AAGUUUCUUUCCAAAUGAAAAAAGUUGUGGGCACAUAAAUAAGAAUUCAUUUCCAUAGGCUUGUAAACGGACGAUCAGCCUCAUCUUCAUUGCCGGUGGCUUCUGUUGCAGAAAAGGGAGUUCGAUUCCCCAACUGUCAUAAGGACAGUCGCGAUUCCGCAAGCAAAGACCGUUUCCGUCGAUCCUUAUGAUCGGGAUUGAGAAAAUUAGAUGUUAGGUGGACGGCGUUGUACUUACUCAUAACCACAACAUACACUGACAAGUUUCCAUGGCUUCCGUCUCCUCCACCCCCAUCGCAAGCGUACCAAAACGGUGUUAAUUCACUUGGCUGAGGCACUGCCACCAUAGAAGUGCCCUCCUCCUCUCUCUCUCUCUCUCUAAUUGCAGUGACGAUUAACUACCUCCUUCGCUCCUCACUGACACAGCCAAGCCAAUUCUUUACCGAAGGUUUAGAUUUUUCAAAUACUUUGCGUGGCAAGAAGAAAUGUUUACAAAUAAUCAGAGGCAAGAACAACGAACUGGAAAAUAUGGGACCUCAAGGCUCCAAUAUCUUCAGGAAUUGGUGAGCCAAUUUCAGAAUGCAACUGAUGAAGAAACCAAAGAGAGAAUUGUUGCUAACUUGGCAAACUUUGCUUACGAUCCUUACAAUUAUGCAUACUUACGCCAGCUCAAUAUUUUGGAAAUCUUCCUAGAUUGCAUAACAGAACCAAAUGAGAAGCUUGUGGAGUUUGGAGUUGGGGGUUUAUGCAAUUCUUGUGCUGAUCCAGCAAAUGCUGCAAUUGUCGCUCAGUGUGAUGGUAUAUCCCUUAUUAUUCAAUGUUUAUCAAGUCCAGUUAGAAAUACAGUCAAUUAUGCUAUUGCGGCUCUUUAUUAUCUUUGCAACCCAUCAAACAAGGGAGAGAUUCUAAAGCCUGAAGUUAUAGAUAUCAUCCAAAGGUAUGCUGCAGCAGGAGCAGUAAGUGUAAGCUUCAGUAAUCUUGCUAAGGCAUUUCUGGACAAGCAUGUCUCUGACAAUGACAGAGACAAGGUCAUUUGACGGAAAGUACCAAUGAAACACUCUGAAAAGACGGUAGCUAGGUUUGCAUAUUACGUUCCUGCUUGAUACAAUUGUAUGAGUUCUGAACAAGUCAGGAUCUUUUGCAAGUUAAUAUCAGUAAAUUCUUUGUUUGAUCAA